UCCGGUUGAUAUUUUGUCAACAAUUAUCCCCAAACCCGGAUUGGACCCGAUGAUUGGACAUCAUUCUUUACAAAAACCUUCAGAAUAUUCAUUUUGAAAAAAAAAUCUCCGUCAAGCAGCACCGUUUCUAUGGAAACUGUGCCGAGCCGAUAACCUGAUGAGGGCCAAGUAAAAAUGGAGCAAAGGACAAAACUGAAUCAUUACGCGUGAAACAUGCUUAGCGUGUUUCUUAUUUGAACGAGAACAAAAACAGAGCGAAUGGUGGCGACUCCCAACCACCCACCCAACUUGUAUAUGGAAAAUCCAAACAUUUUCCCACCCCCUGUUGGGUGUGCGAGAGACUUUGCAGACUUGAGAGCGCACCCAAGUGAGAGAGAGAGAGAGUGAGAGAGUAACUGCAGCAUAAUCGACUGUGCGUUGAUGCGAGGGAAGGAAAAUAUGCACACCACGUGCGGGGGGAGGCGUGGGUGGUCGCACGAGGCGUGAGCAUACAUACGGGCUGAUAUUAUAGUAAUUUAGGAGCUGUUUGCUCCCGUUUUUCGUCGUCUUGACCUCUCGCUUUUUGUCUGCGAUCAACCUCCUCCCAGGGACAUCGGCACAGCAUUUGGCGAGCAUUAGCAAUGACAGAUGGAGAAAAAUCAAUUUCAGGACGGAUGCAAGAGGAAAAUUUUCGCGAAUCGAGCUAAGAUGUGAAAAUUUUGGGUGUUUUGAAGUUCAUUGCUGUGCUAGUGCUUGGGCGUCUACAUCUAGGCGUUUAGAGUUUUCCUGUUCUACAGGAUGAUUACGACGAACGGGUUCGAUACGUGAAAAGUUUUAAACGACAUACCUUUUCCCCGCAACAAGUUUUAUCGGGACUGCGCCUGAAUCGCGUAAAUUUUAAGCAAAGGAAAAUUAUUACCCAUAGUAGACAUCCUGGGAAAACGAUGGUCACUAAGAAGACGGUGGACAUAGAGAAAGAAAGGCUAACAAAGAAAAUGUGUUCAAAUAGCAGUAUGAGUGGAGCAGGUUCCGGUGGUGGAACUGGUCCUCUGGUGAGUUUCAGUGCUGGAACAACCCACCAUGCUCCUCAUAGCCAAGAUGCCCCGAACAUUCUUGUGUACAAAAAGAUGGAAGCUAUCAUUGAAAAAAUGCAGGCCGAAGGCUCCGGAGUGUCCGUGCGCACAGUCAAAGCCUUCAUGAGUAAGGUCCCGUCGGUGUUCACCGGAGCUGACCUCAUCACAUGGAUCACUCAGAAUCUGGCCGUUGACGACGUAACGGAAGCCUUACAUCUGGCUCAUCUACUAGCUUCCCACGGUUAUCUCUUUCCGAUCGACGACCAUCAGCUGACCGUGAAGAACGACGGGACCUUCUAUCGCUUCCAGACGCCCUAUUUCUGGCCAUCCAAUUUCUGGGAACCGGAGAACACGGACUACGCCAUCUAUCUCUGCAAGCGCACCAUGCAGAACAAAACUCGCCUAGAACUUGCCGAUUACGAAGCCGAAAACUUGGCCAAACUACAGAAGAUGUUCUCCCGGAAAUGGGAGUUCAUCUUCAUGCAGGCCGAAGCGCAGAGUAAGGUGGACAAGAAGCGCGACAAGCUCGAGCGUAAGGUACUCGAUUCGCAAGAGCGCGCCUUCUGGGACGUGCACCGUCCAAUGCCCGGUUGUGUCAACACCACGGAAGUGGACAUCAAGAAAGCCUACCGCCGAGGUGCGUCCAGUCUCGGUUCCGGUUCGGCCAAUACGGCAGCCAACAGCAACCCGGCGGAAACCAUGGCCAAGACAAUCAACCUUUUGAAGCAGAAACUCGAGCGACGGACCAUCAAGGUGUCGAAGGCCGCCGAGUCGUACGUCUCGUACUACGAACAGUACAGUGAGUUCGACUACUUCUUAACAGCGCCGGACUAUCCGAACCCUUGGCAAUCGGACAGCACUGAACUUUGGGACACGGAAAAGCAGGGCAAAGAUAUCGCUAUGAAACGAGUCAAGCGAUGGGGAUUCAGCUUGCGAGAACUUUUGAACGAUCCGAUUGGGCGUGAGCAGUUUACUAAGUUUCUCGAUAAGGAGUUUAGCGGAGAAAACCUUAAAUUUUGGGAAGCGAUCCAGCAGAUGAAGGCCCUGCCGCAGUCCCAGAUCAAGGACGCCGCCAACGCGAUCUGGAACGAGUAUCUGGCCCCGGAUGCGGCCUGUCCGGUCAACAUCGACUCCAAGUCGUUGGAACUGGCCCGGGAAGCGAUCAAGGAGGGCACCGGAAGCCCGAGCCGUUGGUGCUUCGACGUGGCCGCGGACCACGUUUUCUAUCUGAUGAAGAGCGAUUCCUACUCGCGCUAUCUGCGGUCGGACAUGUACAAGGAGUUCCUGAACGGGACGAAGAAAAAGACAUCGGUGCGAGGACUUCGAAUAUUCUCUGGCAGAAAAGAUACACCUGUGAUAAACUAAGCAGAUAUGCGUGAAACGUAUAAGAGGUGGGCUUCUGAGGCCCCCGAAACAGCACAAAUGGCAAACUUUGUCAACAAGAGAAGACUUGUUGAAACAAUAAAUAACAAUAGCCCCAAAAACGUGUACUAUAUAGCAAGAACAGAAACUAUUCCCAGAAGAAGAAACAAAACAAUAUGGUUCAAAACUAAUUGUUCUAGAGCAGCAGUAAAUGUUCGUGUAUAGGAGAAUAUGUCGUACCUACAUUUGAGCAGAAAGCAAACACCUAUACCACUAGAGAGAAGCUGAAUCACGCUACUAGAAACAAUAGUGAUGGAUGUCCUAGAAGCUUGGCAAAUUGUGAAAUUUAAAGUUACCAGAGUUAAUCCGACAUGUUACUAAUGCAGAAACUAGAGAACAACGUAGCCAAAAAGCCAAAACAGCUAACUAAGAAAUAAGAAGGAAAAAUGUUAUCAAAACAUCCGCGGUAACCCACCAUUACUCGAACAUAUAGUGAGAUUUUAAAGUUUGGAACAGCAUUUUAGUGGAAAUCAAAUUUUUAACACGUAACUCUAUAAUCAACAACAUUAACAUUUCCGGCAAUCUAUACCCUUGCUACAACAGUUCUAUGUCUGGUCUUUGGAUUUCUCCCCUACAAUCAUUCCAACAAUAGCAACUAAACCCAUUUCUCUGCAUUCGCUUCAAUACCCUAUAAACUGAAUCAACAUAACUUACAACAUACAAUCAAACAAUAUCCAAUGCAACUAUAACCCUAACCGAAAUCAAAGUAGUGAAUGAUAAAGAAACAUUAACUCAAUGCUAUCGCAGUUAACUUUUCAAGAAAAAAAAAACACGGAUAUACAACAAACUAGUGAGCAUAUUGGUCAAACCAAACUUAUUAAUCAAGUCUAUACGUAAAGCUCUCCGACACUACCUAAGCAGAGGAAUGCCAACUAAUUCAACACCGAACCCGUUCUCGAUCUAUAACA